CCUUGUAAACACACGGCAGACAGGCUGCAUGCACAGUGCAUUGGCUCGCACUGUGAACAUUGCGUAAAGCGUAGCGAGUACUUUGUUCCUUUCCGUCUGAGUCAAGUAUAAAUCGUGCACAUUAACCAUGGGCUUUGAAAGAUUAUUUAUGACGACGAAUGAAUGAGGUCGACAACAGGUGAAGUGUCCUGGUUGCCUUGCCUGGCAUAAACGGUUGUAGCCUACAGUAGUUUCAUUGACCAUUUAUUCAGUAGCGCCAUUCAAAUCGCAUCGCUGUUUGAAGACAUUCUAGCCACGCCACCACCGUCUGUUUGUCCAGAGUAUGUGCCAUGGACUUUGAAUCUCGCAAAGUGUGCCUAUAACGUUAGCUUUAGCCGCCACACUGUAGCUGUUGUUUGUGCCGAUGGGAACUACUCAAGAAGAUGAGCAGCAGCAGACUAAAGUCCCGAAGUGGCCAAGGCUGACUAAGUUCACGCUGUCAGCAUGUGCAGCGGCCGUCGCAGAACUGGUCACAUUCCCGCUGGAUUUGACCAAGACGAGGCUGCAGGUGCAAGGCGAAGCAGCCGCCAGACGCGCAGGCACAGGCGGGGCAGGAAGUGGUGGUGGUGGUGGAUCCAGCGGCGUAGGAAGUGGUGGUGGUGCAUCCAGCGGGGCAGGAAGUGGUGGUGGAUCCAGCCGCGCCCCUCAGGCCUCCUACCGCGGCAUGAUGCACACGGCCAUCGGCAUCGUCCAGGAGGAGGGGCCUCUGAAGCUGUGGCAGGGGGUCACACCCGCUAUCUAUAGACAUGUUGUGUAUUCGGGGGGUCGCAUGUUGGCCUACGAGCAGCUGAGGGAGUCUGUGCUGGGCAGGAACCAAGAUGGCAGCUUCCCCCUCUGGAAGGCAGUGGUGGGGGGCAUGGCUGCGGGGGCGGUGGGCCAGUUCCUGGCGAGUCCCACUGACCUGGUGAAGGUGCAGAUGCAGAUGGAGGGACGGCGCCUCCUGGAGGGCAAAGAGCCCAGGGUGCGAGGAGCCACUCAUGCCUUCGUGAAGAUCUUCUCUGAGGGCGGAGUCAGAGGCCUGUGGGCAGGAUGGGUCCCCAACGUGCAGCGGGCGGCGCUCGUCAACCUCGGAGACCUCACUACAUAUGACACUGUGAAACACUUUCUGUUGAGAAAUACUCCAAUAGAGGACAACAGCCUCUGCCAUGCCCUGGCCAGCAUCUGUUCCGGUCUGGUGGCCGCUACCAUGGGAACGCCAGCUGACGUCGUCAAGACGCGCAUCAUGAACCAGCCCAGAGAUGCACACGGGAGGGGUCUCCUGUACUCGUCCUCUAUUGACUGCCUAGUCCAGGCGGUGAGGGGAGAGGGCUUCUUGUCUCUCUACAAGGGCUUCCUGCCCACAUGGAUGAGAAUGGCUCCCUGGUCCAUGACCUUCUGGCUGACCUUCGAGCAGAUCCGCAAGGCCAUGGGCGUGUCAUCCUUCUGAGGGGCGUGGUCACUGGUCAUGGGCGUGUCAUCCUUCUGAGAGUUGAAAAAGGUAGGUCUGCACACUGCC